CGCUCGGGUAGCCUGCCACUGCGAAGCGCGCGUGGCUGUCGGGAGUUAGAAUAGGCAAGAAACUCUUCGACAACUCCAUUUUGCCUUUUACAUUAAACGUGUAUCAUUAAUCACCGUUUUAUACCGGGUGAAGACAGGCUCUGGGUGUUUUCAGUGCCGUGUUAUUGGAGAUUGUCCUUGCAUCUGAGAAGUUCCAGGUACUUUGUACAACUGCUGUCACAGAAGCUGUGUGUUUGCAGCGCCUUUGUAAGCGAUGGCUGCCAUCAGGAAGAAACUGGUGAUUGUUGGUGAUGGAGCUUGUGGUAAGACAUGCUUGCUCAUAGUCUUCAGCAAGGACCAGUUCCCAGAGGUUUAUGUGCCCACGGUGUUCGAAAACUAUGUGGCAGAUAUUGAAGUGGAUGGAAAGCAGGUAGAAUUGGCUUUGUGGGACACAGCUGGACAAGAAGAUUAUGAUCGCCUGAGGCCUCUCUCUUAUCCCGACACUGAUGUUAUACUGAUGUGUUUCUCCAUUGACAGCCCUGAUAGUUUAGAAAACAUCCCAGAAAAAUGGACUCCAGAAGUCAAGCAUUUCUGCCCAAAUGUGCCCAUCAUCCUGGUUGGGAACAAGAAGGAUCUUCGGAAUGAUGAGCACACAAGGCGGGAGUUAGCCAAAAUGAAGCAGGAGCCAGUAAAACCUGAAGAAGGCAGAGAUAUGGCAAACAGGAUUGGCGCUUUUGGGUACAUGGAGUGUUCAGCAAAGACCAAAGAUGGAGUGAGAGAGGUUUUUGAGAUGGCCACGAGAGCUGCUCUGCAAGCCAGGCGUGGGAAGAAAAAGUCUGGGUGCCUCAUCUUGUGAAGCCUUGUGAAGCGCAGCCUCAUGCGGUUAAUUUGAAGUGCUGUUUAUUAAUCUUAGUGUAUGAUUACUGGCCUUUUCAUUUAUCUAUAAUUUACCUAAGAUUACAAAUCAGAAGUCAUCUUGCUACCAGUAUUUAGAAGCCAACCAUGAUUAUUAAUGACGUCCAACCUGUCUGACCAGCCAGGGUCCUCUGACACUGCUCUAACAGCCCUCUCUGCACUCCACCUGACACCAGGCGCUAAUUCAAAGAAUUUCUUAACCUCUUGCUUCUUUCUAGAAAGAGAAACAGUUGGUAACUUUUAUGAAUUAGGCUGUAACUACUUUAUAACUAACAUGCCCUGCCCAUCUGUGAGCUGCAAGGAGCUCUGGUGAGUCAUUCCUUCAGGGUUUCCUCCCUCACAGACUCCAUUGGCAGAGCUCUGGGGUGGGCAUCCAGUUUUUUGAAAACUUGCUCAGCCAGAAAGGCCCAAGUCCACGUAGCUGUGGCACAGUUACAGUUCUGUGGUCUCAUGUUAGUUACCUUAUAGUUACUGUGUAAUUAGUGCCACUUAAUGUAUGUUACCAAAAAAUAAAUAUAUCUACCCCAGACUAGAUGUAGUAUUUUUUGUAUAAUUGGAUUUCCUAAUACUGAUAUUUGUCAUUCCCACAGAAAGUGUAUUGCUUUUUUUUUUUUUUUUUUUUUU